UCCACUUCACAGUACUCUGCCCCCUCAGUCGGUAUGUAGCAGCGGCCGGAGCGGAGCUACCGAGAGAGCGAGAGCGAGAGGGACGCCGCGUAUGGCGAGGAUUUAACGCAACAACAACAACAACAAAAACGACGAUGAGGCGUUCGCCCUCUGCUUGAAGGACACUUUUGCAAAGAACGCCAUUUCGUUCAUUUUCGCCUGGCUUUUUUCCUCUUUAAACAAUGGCGAACGACUCUCCGGCCAAAAGCCUGGUGGAUAUCGACCUGGCAUCCCUGCGGGACCCUGCUGGGAUUUUCGAGCUGGUGGAAGUAGUGGGAAAUGGCACCUAUGGACAAGUCUACAAGGGUCGGCAUGUCAAGACGGGACAACUGGCGGCCAUUAAGGUCAUGGACGUCACAGAGGACGAAGAGGAGGAGAUCAAGCUGGAGAUCAACAUGCUGAAGAAGUACUCGCACCACCGCAACAUCGCCACCUACUAUGGCGCCUUCAUUAAGAAAAGCCCGCCAGGACAUGACGACCAACUAUGGCUGGUGAUGGAGUUCUGCGGGGCUGGGUCCAUCACAGACCUGGUAAAGAACACCAAAGGCAACACACUGAAGGAAGACUGGAUCGCUUAUAUCUCCAGAGAGAUCCUCAGGGGCUUAGCUCACCUUCACGCCCAUCACGUCAUCCAUCGUGACAUUAAGGGCCAAAACGUGCUGCUGACAGAGAACGCCGAAGUCAAGCUAGUGGACUUUGGAGUUAGCGCUCAGCUGGAUCGAACAGUGGGCCGCCGUAACACCUUCAUCGGGACACCUUAUUGGAUGGCUCCGGAAGUCAUCGCCUGCGAUGAAAACCCGGACGCCACUUACGAUUACCGGAGCGACUUGUGGUCCUGUGGGAUUACGGCUAUCGAGAUGGCUGAAGGAGCUCCGCCAUUGUGCGACAUGCAUCCCAUGAGAGCACUCUUCCUCAUCCCCAGAAACCCUCCUCCAAGACUCAAGUCCAAAAAAUGGUCCAAGAAGUUCUUCAGCUUUAUCGAGGGCUGUCUGGUGAAGAACUACACGCAGCGGCCGCCCACCGAGCAGCUGCUCAAACACCCCUUCAUCAGGGACCAGCCCAACGAGCGGCAGGUGCGCAUCCAGCUCAAGGACCACAUUGAUCGCACCAAGAAGAAGCGAGGCGAGAAGGAUGAGACAGAGUACGAAUAUAGUGGAAGUGAAGAAGAGGAGGAAGAAGCGUCAGAGCAAGAGGGAGAACCAAGCUCCAUUGUCAAUGUGCCGGGAGAGUCGACGCUGCGCCGGGACUUCAUCCGUCUCCAGCAGGAGAACAAGGAGCGCUCAGAGGCGCUGCGCCGGCAGCAGCUGCUGCAGGAGCAGCAGCUGCGGGAGCAGGAAGAGUACAAGCGCCAGCUGCUGGCUGAGAGGCAGAAGCGCAUCGAGCAACAGAAGGAGCAGCGGCGGCGGCUGGAGGAGCAACAACGGCGCGAGCGCGAGAUGCGUCGACAGCAGGAGCGUGAGCAGAGGCGGCGCGAACAGGACGACAAACGGCGAGCUGAUGAGUUGGAGCGUCGGCGUAAGGAGGAGGACGAGCGGCGGCGGGCCGAGGAGGAAAAGCGGCGGGCCGACAGGGAGCAGGAGUACAUCAGACGGCAGCUGGAGGAGGAGCAGAGGCAUCUAGAGAUCCUGCAGCAGCAGCUGCUACACGAACAGGCCAUGCUUCUGGAAUACAAAUGGCGAGAUCUGGAGGAGCAGCGGCAAGCCCAAAAGCUCCAGAAGCAGCUUCAGCAGCAGCAGGCCUACCUGCUGUCCCUCCAGCACCAGCAGAACCUGGACUCUAGUAGCCCCAAAGGCGCCCCCAAAACCCCAGAACACAAUACGCAACCGGAAAAGAAAACAACAGUGACUGAAUCCGAGCUUGUCACAGAGGCAGACGAACGCUACCGGAAGAACAUCCAAGGUUCUCCUCAGUUGGUGCAGACCAAACCACAACAACCACCAGUGCCGCCACGGUCCGAGUCCUCCUACCCUAAUGGAAACGCCGAGGUCAUGCACCGACCUGUGGAACCACAGGUGCGCGCCUUAAAAAGCGGCGGCAACCUGCCUCCGCCGCCCGCCACUGCUGUGUGUCGCUCACACUCCUUCAGCGAGCCUCACCAUCACCCUCCAUCUUCAUCAUCCCCAUCAUCAUCGUCGUCACACCACGCACACACUGACGCGCAAGCCCAACCCCAGAGUAGACCCCACCAAGCAGUAACCCCCACAUCUGCAGAAGUACCACCCAGGGUCCCCGUCAGGACAACGUCCCGCUCGCCGGUGUUGCCGAGGCGAGACUCGCCUCAUCGUCAUGGCAAUGUGCCACACACCGGCCACGCUGUCAACCGCAACGCUGGCAGUGCGGCCGAGCCUCGGCUGCUGUGGGAGCGAGUGGAGAAGAUGCUUCCCAGGUCUGCGGGCAACGCUAGUGGGUCAAGCGGUUCAUCUAGCAGCUCGUCCAGCAACUCCAGCUCGCAGGCCGGCUCUGGAGAGCGGUUCAGGCCCUGCUCCUCCUCCAAAUCAGAGAGCUCACCCCUGCAGAGGCCGGAGAACGCUGGGAAAACCUCAGAGGAGAGGCCAAGGCCGGGCAGACCAGCGGACCUGACUGCGCUGGCUAAAGAACUCCGUGCGGCGGACGACAUCCGCCCCCCCAACAAGGUGACUGAUUACUCGUCGUCCAGCGAGGAUUCGGAUACCACAGACGAUGACGACGACGAGGAGGUGGACCAGGAGGGUGGCGAAGAGUCCACCUCAGGCCCGGAGGACUCCAGAGCUGUGUCGUCCCGGCUGAGUAAUGGCGAGACAGAGUCGGUGAAGACGAUGAUUGUCCACGACGAGGGUGAGAGCGACGCAGGCUCCACGCCGUGCAAAGACAGCACCCUGGUAGUCCGACAGGGUAGCCACCGUAGCAUAGCUAACACCUUCCCUCCCCCCGAGCUGCUCCGUAACGUGUGUAGCGGCCAAGUGGUGUACCCCUCUUUCUACUUCCAGAGCGAGCACAAAAAGAGGCCCGCUGGCUCAGUGUCCAGCCCGGGCCUCGCCCAGCAUACCCCCAGCCCCCUUCAUCACCACCACCACCACCUACAACAACAACAACACCACCAUCAUCAGCAGCAGCAGCAGGCCGAGCGGAACGGUUUUGCAGGCCGCAUCCACCUCCUGCCAGACCUGAUCCAGCAGAGCCAGCAUUCCUCCCCUUCCUCCUCCCCGUCCUCCCCAUCCUCCUCCUCCUCCGGUCUGGCCAGUCCCAUCGCGUCCCCUCAAAGUCCCCUGGACAAGCUCGCCCUCCUCAUUGAGAGUCAGUCGAGCAACAACAUGCAGAAACACAAGUCUUCGUCGUCAUUCACGCCGUUCAUCGACCCGCGUCUGCUGCAAGUGUCGCCCUCAGCGGGCAGCGCCCUCAACAAUGUUGGCUACGGCAACGACGCUCGUCUGGCGGAGGCGCUGAGGGCGGACCCAUCGCGCAAAGGUUCCGUGGUCAAUGUCAACCCGGUUAACACGCGUCCACAGAGUGAUACGCCGGAGAUCCGCAAGUACAAGAAGAGGUUCAACUCGGAAAUCUUAUGUGCAGCACUCUGGGGGGUGAACUUGCUGGUGGGCACCGAGAGUGGUCUGAUGCUUUUGGAUCGCAGCGGUCAGGGUAAAGUUUACCCGCUCAUCAACCGAAGACGUUUCCAGCAAAUGGACGUGUUGGAGGGACUCAAUGUCCUCGUCACUAUAUCAGGUAAAAAGAACAAGCUGCGCGUUUACUACUUGUCGUGGCUGCGGAACAAGAUUCUGCACAACGACCCCGAGGUGGAGAAGAAACAAGGUUGGACCACCGUGGGCGACCUGGAAGGUUGCGUCCACUACAAAGUCGUCAAAUAUGAGAGGAUCAAGUUCUUGGUUCUUGCCUUGAAGAACUCUGUGGAGGUCUACGCGUGGGCACCCAAACCUUACCACAAGUUCAUGGCCUUCAAGUCUUUCGGCGAGCUGGUUCACAAGCCCCUGCUUGUAGACUUGACGGUGGAGGAAGGCCAGAGGUUGAAGGUGAUCUACGGCUCGUCCUCGGGCUUCCACGCUGUGGACGUGGACUCCGGGGCGGUCUAUGACAUUUACCUGCCGACCCAUAUCCAAACGCACAUCCAGUCUCAUGCCAUCAUCAUUCUGCCCAACACGGACGGCAUCGAGCUGCUGGUUUGCUACGAGGAUGAGGGAGUCUAUGUCAACACGUACGGACGCAUCACCAAGGAUGUGGUGCUGCAGUGGGGGGAGAUGCCCACCUCUGUCGCCUACAUCCGCUCCAACCAAAUCAUGGGCUGGGGCGAGAAGGCCAUUGAGAUCCGCUCGGUGGAGACGGGCCACCUGGAUGGUGUCUUCAUGCACAAGAGGGCCCAGAGACUCAAGUUCCUGUGCGAGAGGAAUGACAAGGUUUUCUUUGCCUCUGUGCGGUCCGGCGGGUCCAGUCAGGUCUACUUCAUGACACUGGGUCGAAGCAACCUUCUCAGCUGGUAGACUUCUUCCUCUUCUUCCUUGUCCACUUCCUCUUCCUUCUGCUCCUCUGCCUAGCCCUCGCUAACACUGGAUCUCAGAAGCCAACCACUUCUACAACCGCAAUCCCACCGGACCCGCGGACGAGGACUCCACGUACCCUUCCGCGACAGGAGGAAGGAGUCAAAUGUGAAUUCCUGAAGAAGGAAAUCCCUGAAAAAUUUCCUGGUGCUCGUCAUCUUCGUCCUUGUGGUUUCUCCCGGACUUUGAACGUCUUCUAACUGUCGGAAAAGUUUUAACCAGUCCGUAAAUGUUUGUCAGUGUUCUCGUGUGAGCGGGAUGAUGGAAGAGGAUGAUGUUGGUGGUGGUGGUGGUGAUGAUGAAGUUGAAGUGUGUUUGUCAUGGUGAUACGUAAAGUGAGUUGGGGACUCUCUUCAGGCAGAAAGUGAGGGCAAACUAGGACAAACAAGAUGGAUUCCUGAGUCAUAUUUUUUUCUUAAUCCUCCCACACGAGCGUGAGUUAUUUUUCUUCCCUUAUUUUUUUAUUUUUUAUUGUGAUUAUUUUCCAAUGCACAUCCAAACCUUACCCCACCGUCUUGCUUGCUUCCACCCACAGAGGGCGACGUGCUGUCUGCACAGAAUGUGUGCGUACCAAAAAAAGAAGUCAAUAAAGUUGUGUAUGUACAAAAAAUAUAUAUUAUAAUAAUACGCUGUGAAUAGACAAAAUAUUGAUUUAUUGAUGAGAGUGUGUAUGUUUGUGAUGCAUAAGAUGUUGUCAACAUGUUCCGGACCAUAAAGAAAUUGAGAAUAGGGAGAAAAAAUCCAUGUUAGCAUGACAAUCGUGUAAGACGCAAAAUGGUGGAUCCACAACGCAAUAGCUGCGGUGCGCAUGCGCAACAGUUUGUCGAGCGUUGUUGCUACGGCAACAAAAGUUGGACAAAAUACAUGGGUACGGACGCGGUACCUUACCCAAAUAAGUCUACACAUAAAAUUGGGUUAGGUUUAAGAUGAGGGUUAGGUGUAGGUACUACAUAUGUACUGUAUUUUGUCAGUGUUGUUGCUGUAGCUAGGCACAUGCACCACCAAUAGUGUCUUGACACACACAUGGAUGUGUUUGGGACCACAGUUACCAUAGCAACGAUAAUGUGUCAGCAAACAUUCUAACGGCAGGAAAAUUAAGAAAAAGAAGAGUUUAAGAAAAAACUCACUGGAACCUUGUUACCAUGGCAACCGUGGAAGACUGGAAAGCAAAAAAUGGUUGAUCAACAACCCCCUUACACACACACACCAUUUUGUGUUUGGGGCAACAGUUAACAUAGCAACGAUGACAAGGAUGUCAUAGCGACAUUCUGGAUGCGUAAGAAGCUGGAGUCAGCUCAAAGACAGGAAGUCUUCCUUGCACUCCUGUUACCAUAGCAACUGAAGAAGACUUCAAAAGAUGAAAAAUGUCUGGACACAUGGAUUUUGUGCUUGGGACAACAGUUACCUACCACAGCAACAAUGACAAGGAAGUCUCAGCGACGUUCUAGAUGUUUGAAAAGCUGGAGCUGGAUCACAAAGACAAAGUCCUCCCUGGACUCCUGUUACCAUUGCAACUUUGGAAGACACAAAAUGGUGGGUCUACCCCCACACACGGACACCAUUUUGUGUUUGGGGACAACAGUUACCAUAGCAACGAUGAGGCCACAGCUGAUGUCCCGGAUGUUUGAGAAGCCAGAGCCCAAUCACAAACGAAGACUGGGAGUUAAGAAAAGCCCUCUCCUGUUACUAUGGCACCCGUGGAAGAAACAAAAUGGUGGCGCCACCCCCAAAUGCGGUCACCGUUUUGUUGCUGUUGACAGUUUCCGACCAGUCUUGAGACUUUCUCUGAAACCGUGUUUUCUCUAGAGCCAAAUGAGGCAGAUCGCUACAGGUUCAGGUUCUUAGUCCUAUCUCGUUCCAAUUCACAGGUAUUAACUGCUACUCUUCAAACUUUCAGGAGACACCAGUCUUUCUAGAUCCAGGCAAGAACCCUAUUGAUUUCCAAUAUCUGACAUUCGGCGAUUUAUCUCUGUUUCAAAAAUCUAUAAUUGGUACAGGAACAGGUACAUGUUCUUUGACACGCAUUGGUCACUUGUGACAGUUAAAGCAUAUUUUUUUUAAUGUCAACACAAGAACCGUGUCAACUUUGUAUAACCGACAAUUUAUUUGGGUGUCAAAAAUUAAACUUGUAGAGUCACAGGUUCAAAGCCCUUGCCACGUCUUGGUCAGUAGUUCAAGUUAGUUUCAGUCGCUACUCUUUAAGAAAAGUUUCAAAAAUCAGUUUUCCAGAUCCCGACGAGAACCCUAUUCUUUUCUGACUCCAUCCAUCCAUUGUCUGCAAACUCCACACAGGCGGGGCCGGGAUUUGAACUCCGGUCCACAGAACUGUGAGGCAUUUUGAAAUCCUCUGAAAAAUUAACUGGAUGAUCAGGAAAAUUGACUUGGAGUGUCAAUUUUGCACAGGAACAGGUUCCCUGCCCACCCCUCUUACUGCUCACAGUUAUCAUCCGUGGCGCUUCAAACUUUCAGAAAACAUCAGAUUUCCACCUCCAGGAGAGAACCCUAUUAAUUUAAACACAAUGGACUUCCAAAAUAAACAAGUGUUUUCUUUUAGUCCACUGGGAUGCGUCCUUUUCGUCUACCAGCAUAAUAUAGUUGGCGUCAUCCAUGUGAACUUGUGCACACUAGUUGUUGGUUUUGAGUGUCGCUUGAAGCGUCUACGGUGACCUCGUAAAGCUAGCUAGUGGAAGCGUGAUGCCACAUUUGACUUUUUUUUUGUUUGUUUUUCUUGUAGCUCUUUGGAAAAUGCAUUUACGACAUUUUGUUCAUUCGUGCUUUUAUUUGAAUAGAAACAGACUUCCUGUCAGCUCCCAGGCUAACGUUGCUAACGUAUGUGCGUGUGCGUGCCACAGGACGUCCUGUCUUUCAUUUUCUUGCAAUAAACUUGGGGAAAAAAGAUAUUUGAACAAUUAUGGAUCUCUUGGUUAUAUUAACAGUUGUUCCUCCUAACGUUACGAUUAUUUUCAUGGACUAACA